CUUGGGUAACAUGCGUCCAUGCAUCUUGCUCAUCUUGUGGAUGAUAACGGCGGUGGAAAUGGAGGAGCAGAAGAUCCUCCAAUCCUUGCACUGUCCGCCCUGUGAACGCAUCCACUGUUCCCCACGUCGGGCGCUGAAGCUCCAGUGUCGGGGUGGCAUCACCACUGGGAUUUGUGGUUGCUGUCCGGUCUGUGCUAAACUGGCAGGGGAAAACUGUGGAGGGACUUGGGAUUAUCUGGGGAAGUGUGAUGAAGGGCUGGUCUGCAUUCAUGAAGAAGCAGCAGAUGGAAAAGCAGAGGCCGAACUCAAGGGAACCUGCAAAUCAGUGCUUGAGGUUCUCAAAGGCGACACAUGCAGACCUGAGUGCACAUGGGAGUACUGCAAGGCAAACCCCAAUGAUAUCUGUUCAGCAAGGUCUGUGCUGCUGAUGGAGAAGCGUGAAUGUGGAGGUCAGUGCCAGCACACCACCUGCUCCAGCUGUUUGCUUCUCAGACCUCCGCCCUGUUCUCAGCCCUGCUCCCCGACGGACCACGCGUGUCUGCACCGCUUCGGCCGGUGUGUGCGCGGACACCUGACUGAAGACAGACAUCCGCCCGUCUGCCACCACAAUCUACAGAAUAACUCUGAGGGAUUCUUCAUGUGUUUGGCUCCUGCCUGCCCAUCUACAGCAAAAUGAUUCUUCAUUAUACAUUAAAAGAGGGACCCAAAUAACCUUAUUCAGUUUUGAAAUGUAGCACAAAAGGCAGCUAUUUUUAAUAGUUUUUUAAAUAAAGUAAAUAAAUAAAAACAAACCUUAAUAAUGAUGAUAAAAACGAAUGCAUGUGAUGUAUAAAUGCAACAAAAUUACAAAAAUUAAUGUUGUAAAUCUUUUUGUAUAUUGUCAAAUAUAAUCUAAAACUCAUUAAAACAUAUUUAUAAUUG